UCUGCUUCCUAUGAUUUUUGUAUUUUCAAUCCUGCUUCUGCAAAUCCAUCAUUCACAUUCCCUCAACUGCUCAUCUCAGAAAUUUACAGGAAACAGACUUUAUGACCAGUGUAAUGAUCUUCCCCAACUGAGCUCUUACUUGCACUGGACCUACGAUUCGUCAAAUUCGUCGCUGAAGAUAGCGUUCGUGGCUCCUCCAGCGAAAAGCGAUGGAUGGGUUUCUUGGGCGAUCAAUCCUAAGGCGCCGGCGAUGAUCGGAUCCCAGGCGUUGAUCGCUUACAAGGUGGACGGGAAGAUGACGGUGAAGACCUUCAAUGUGAGCUCUAACAAGAUCGCACCUUCGAAGAUCGCUUAUGAAGUAUCGGACAUGGAAGCAGAGAACUCUAAUGAAACAAUGACAAUCUUCGCUACCAUAGCAUUACCCACCACCAUGACCAAGAUUAACCAAGUUUGGCAGGUCGGUAGCGCCGUCGUGAAUGGGACUCCGGCCGCCCACGCGAUGCAGACGGAGAAUUUGAAAUCUACGGGAACCCUUGAUUUGUCGAUGAAAGCGCAGAACACCUCCUCCAACACCUCUUCCAACACCUCUUCCCAUUCUGGAGGAGUCUCCUCAACGCUUAGAAACAUAAAUGGGAUUUCAAUUUUCUCGAUUUUUUCUGGGUUUUGGUUUCUUUUUGGUUGA